ACAAUUCAGGGCUUACUAAUAAAUUAUUCAUCAAUUCAAAAUUUGAAAACUAAGAAAAUUAACACUUAAAAAAAACCUCAAGUGCCAACUCCCGGAUGACCAUGUGAUUUUCACAGACGAAUGCGCACCUACAAUUUUUUACGUGACCAUAUAAGGAAAGAGGAAGUCAUAACAAUUAAGGAGGGAAGAACAAAAUGUGGCUAGUGAGGUUUUUUUUUUUUUAAUGACCAGGAGAACCAAGACGGAAUAUAUGAAUGGAAUAUACGCUGUUUCUCAUUCAUUAUUGCUCUAUAGUGUCCUUUUUGUGUGGUUUAGGGAUGCAAAAUGUGUCUGUUGCCCCAGGCUUGUUAAUCAUUACACACAUACACACACACACACACACACACACACACACACACACACGGACAGCCCUAUUUCUCCUUGGGCCACAAAGGCAGGCGUGCGUCUAUAAAGGCUGCACACAAUCCCAGCACAGGUUAAGUGAGCACAGCACAGCCUCCUUCACCCACACUUGUCGGACUAGCAGACCUUCCGACACACACACUCUCUCUCUUGGGAUAUGAACACCUUCAUCCUCACCUGCCUCCUCUGCUCCGUACUUUUCAGUGUUCUGGCCGCUCAGGGAUCUGAGGCAUCGUCGUCUGGUGAGCUCGGCAGUGUGACUGUGGGCUUGGCCUCAGGGGAGGGCCUCCGGGUUCUCCAAGGCGAUGUUGAAGACGACGUGGACUUUGAGGAACUCGCAAGUGAGUUCCUGAGAGAUGACAGGAAGAAGAAGAAAGGCAAAGGCAAGAAGAAGAACAAGCAGAAGAGCAAGGGCACCACGGCGUUCAACCCCGAGCAUCCUUUCUCCACUCAAGGCCACACCUCCGCCGUGGAGCCCACCGAGGACCCCUGCACCUCCACUCACCUGGACUACUGCAUCCACGGCUAUUGCCAGCGCAUGGAGGGCCUGCGAGAGCCCGUCUGCAUCUGUAUGAAGGGCUACCACGGCGAGCGCUGCGGGAUCCAAGUGUUGGGGAACACCGGGCCCCAGUCCGAGCGCACCGUCGACAUCGAGUGGGUCCAGAUGGCCUUGGUCAUCACUGCCAUCGUUCUGUCCUUAAUCAGCUGCACUGCCGUCAUCCUCAUGGCCUGCGCACAUUACAGGUCGCACAAAAACUUCCUGGCGUCCUACCUGGGCAGCUGGUCGGAGCAGCAGAAGCUGCAGAAACCUGUCAGUGAUGUUGUGGUGUGAGAGAGAGAGAGCGAGAGAGAGAGUUGGGAAAAGCCACCAUCACUUUCCUCACAGACGACCCGAAGCUGAAGACUCAAUGAAUGCUUCAUUAGAUGCAAUGUAAACGGUCCAUAAUUUCUGAGCAUUUAAUUUAUUUAGUGUCAUUAUUUAUCUGUAUGAGUGUGCGUAUGUUGAAUUAUUAUUAUUA